GAUAUUGAUACUUCAAUCAUUUCCAUCCCUAGUUGAUUUAGAAACACGCGCAAUUAUAUUAAUUGUAAAUAUACAAGUUAAUAAAUAAUAAAAGCUGCACCUAUCAAGGCAGUACAACCACCGAAGUAUACUACACACAUAAAACUAGCUACCAUGGCUGGAGUACUUUUCGAGGAUAUAUUCAACGUGAAGGACAUGGACCCCGAGGGCAAGAAAUUCGACCGUGUAUCCCGCCUGCACUGCGAAUCCGAGUCAUUCAAAAUGGACCUCAUACUGGACAUUAACUCGUGGCUCUAUCCCAUGGAACUGGGCGACAAGUUCCGCUUGGUGCUGGCCACAACUCUGCGCGAAGACGGCUGCCCCGACAGCGGCGAAUACAAUCCCAUGGAGCACGAGGGUACCCGGGCCGACAGCUUCGAGUAUGUGAUGUACGGCAAGAUCUAUCGCAUUGAGGGCGACGAGGCCCACAAUGAAGCCUCUCGUCUGUCGGCGUACGUCUCGUUCGGUGGACUCCUCAUGCGCCUUCAGGGUGAUGCCAACAAUUUGCACGGCUUCGAGGUGGACCAGCACAUGUAUCUGUUAAUGAAGCGGCUGGCGUUCUGAGCCCACUCGUUUUACACCCAAUUACUGUUCCAAUUCAAAGGUUAGACAUAAACAACAAACUUUAUUUACAGAA